AUGCCAAUCAAAAAACUUUCAACCGACACGAUCAAAAUAUUGCAGGCCCAGAAGUACGUCUUCGACUACACCAAGAUACUGAAGGAACUGAUCGAAAACUCCUUGGAUGCCAAGGCAACACGCAUCGUGAUAUGUGUGACCAAGAGCAUAGAGGUAUGUGAUAACGGCACCGGAAUGGAGUCCGAAAUUGAUUAUUUCAAAACAACCAAGGAGACUGAGCUGGUGCUGGGCGGCAUGAAUACGGAGUACUACGGGUACAAAGGGAUAUUUCUAAGCAGCCUGCGGGACAUCUGCGAUUUGGUGAUUGUCACGAAGCGAGACGAUGAACAACUGGCGAGAUGCAUCGAUUACAGGCACGGAACAAUGCAAAGGAUGGCAAGAGAGAACGGAACAACGGUGUUGAUUAACAAUCUGUUCAAGAAUUCUCCUGUCAGAAAAAGUGCCUUGAAGCUCAAAGUACCAGAAAUAGUGAAAAUGCUCGAGGAUUUUCUGGUUUUCCAGAAUGUUUUUGUUCGUUUUGUGGUGAACGAUAGGAAAAUAUUUGAAAAGCACGGCACCACGCUUUCUCAAUUUGUGUCCGAGAAUGGUCUGCACACGAUUCGUGGAAAAUCCUUUGAUUUCCUUUACAGCCUGGACAGGCUAAAGAAUCCGCUCAUGUUAGUUGGCAAGCGCAUCAUUACGAAUCAAAAGCUCGUAAAAAGACUUAAAACCACGCUCAGCCUGUUUUUUAAGGACAGAGUGUUCUAUGUUCUGCUGUUGAAGGACGUUCAAGUCGACAUACUAUCGAUCGACAAGCUCGAAGUUCUGCUCGAUGACGAUCUCAUAGAUGAUAUAAUUGGCACGUUGGAGCUGACAUUUAGCGAUGCUCGCCUUUUUGAGCACAGUGACAAAGUGCUGGGCCAGUGCCCUCGCGAAUCCACUGAGAAGAACGUUCAAAUACACGGGCGUGAAGAGCAGAUACACAAAAAGUUGCGAGUGAAUGCCGGUGAAACGGAGAAUAAAACGUUAAUAUGGGGAGAUACCCUCGUCAAUGUUUUCAAACCAUCAAUCACGGAAGAAGAUAAAGAGGCGGCAAACUCGACGAUGAAUUUAGCAUUUGAAGCGUCCUUCGAUCCGAAUUCAAGCGAUAAUAAGGAAAACGUACCGCAGGACAACCUAGCAAUAUACGAAAUAUUUAAUAAAGUGGCGGUAAACGUUGAUAAAGAUAUUCAGGUGCAGAAGAAGGACCUUAAAAACGUGAGGGUCAUAGGACAGUUCAACCAAGGAUUUAUCCUCGGUACACUGAACGGUUACCUCAUGAUAUUUGAUCAACACGCGGUCGAUGAGAUCUACAAUUUUGAAAUGAUCAAGAAAAACAUAAAAUUCAGCAAACAAAGCCUUCUCAAGCCAAUCAAUGUACAAGACAGCAGCAUGCUCUUGUCGGACGAUUCGUCCAGUCCGAACCGACUUGAUCAAGCCAUGCUCACCAACCUGAACAGGUUGUUUGAAAUAAAAGAAAACAAGCUCACGGCAUCACCUUCCUUCAACAAGCACCUGUUUAACAUCAAUGAUUACAUGGAGCUGGUUUCUACCGGAGAGGUGUCAUCGCUCACCAAUAAAAUAGCAUCCAAAGCGUGCAGAAUGUCGAUAAUGAUUGGUGAUAAACUUAAUAUGUGCACAAUGAAUAGAAUAAUCUACAAUCUUAGUGAGUUAGAUAAUCCAUGGAACUGUCCGCACGGUAGACCAACAUUCCGUGUCCUAUAUAAGCUGUGAGAGCGCG